AUGUCGUCCGCUCCAUCAAUAGAACCUACCGACGUCCCUCCGGCAGCCGCUCCUGAGCUCGCGGUUCCCGCUGGCCCUGCCAACGUCGAACCCGCUACUGGCUUUGAAUUCUACCGCACCCAAUUCGCCCUCCUCGCCGGCUUCACCGUCCCUCCCGAAGCCAAAUCCCGCUUCGAAGCCCGCGCCGCGCAAAUCUUCCACUCCCGGUGCGAAUCCCUCCGCGACCAAACCCUCGUCGGCUCCCCCAGCGUGAUCUUCAUGCUCAAAAACCUCCGAGAAAUCCAUGCAGAGAUGGGGAUAAACAAAAUCAUGUGCUCACCAUGUAAUGAGCAGAGAGCAGGAGGCUUUAUUCCGGGUAGUGGGAUCCUGUUGUGUGAGAAUCGGAUUAUGGGUUUUGGGAUGAUGGAGGAUACAUUGACUCAUGAGUUGAUUCAUGCGUAUGAUCAUCAGAGGUUUGAGGUGGAUUGGAUGAAUAUGAGGCAUCACGCAUGCAGUGAGAUUCGAGCAUCAAGUCUCAGUGGUGAAUGCCGGUGGUGGCGAGAAUUCAAAAAGUACGGAUUCGGCGACUUUGUAAAGCACCACCAAGCAUGUGUGAAGCGAAGAGCGACUCUAUCAGUAAUGGCACACCCACAUUGCAGAGAUAAGGAACAUGCGGAGACGGUGGUGAACCAGGUGUUUGACUCGUGUUUCGCGGAUACAAGACCGUUCGACGAGAUUUACCGAUAA